GUCUAUAGAGCAAAUUCCAGGAUAGACAAGGGCUACACAGAGAAACCCUGUCUUGAAAAAAAAAAAAAAGAUUGCUGUAGUGAAGAUGAAAAGUGGUAUUAGAUGACAAGCUGGGCCCAGGCAGCCUGUGGGGGCGCUGGCGUGUGCAGUGCAUUCUGCAGCUAUUAAUGCCAGGCUAAGUAAAACAAACAGUACUGAUGUGGGCAAGAAUGCGUGCAGACCUCACCCAAGGGUUGACACGAGCUGAAAGAUAAGAAGGAGCCAGUCAGAGGGUGUCUGGUGGCAGAGUGUCCAGGAGGGAAGAACCAGGGCAAAGCCCUGGAGUGGGGAACAAGCCCACCAAGUCUGAUCAACGACAGGGGGCUAAUAUGAUGGUGUGACAUGAUGGAUUCAGGACGUUUUGGAAGGCAGACCUCCCCCCCCCCGGCCCCCCAGUCUUGCUCUUCACCAUCGAGAAGAAGCAGAACAGAGUUCACACACUAAGGCCUGGAAACUGGCCAGCUCGCUUCAAGAGUGAGCAAUGUCCCUGUGCACCCUCACGCGCCCCCACGUGGUCUGUUAAGCCCUUGUGGAGAGGAGUGGGAGGAAGGACCAAGACUACUUUGUGCUAAGGUCGUUAGUCAUGUCUCUGCACUUUUUAUUCUCAGUACAAUUGGCUAGGACCCCUUGCUCCUGUUUUACAGAUGGGAAAACAGAGGCCACUCCCCAAGGUUCUCUUUACCUAAGGCUACAGUUUAAUACUAGAAAUACUAGCUUCUAAUCCCAGUCUGUCCACUGGCCAGGAUGGGUGUCCACUUGUGGGGCCCGCAAGAUCCCUAUGGCAUUGUGCUCCAGCUGUUCCCCUGACCCCCCAAUAUCUGGUACUAGCUGGUCACACAGUGGUGGGCGCUUGCUUAUCUCACAUUUGCUGGAAGGAGAUGGCUGGCUGAGCAGAGAUGUGCAGGCUUUCUUUUCUGUCAAUAGCUACAUGGCACACGCUGCUUGCCAACCUUCUGGGUGAAGGCCCCAAAGCCUAUGUGAGAUUAGUAGAGUUGGUAUAGUUUUCAGAGAAGUUCCCUGGGCCCAUGUGCUAGCAGAGGCUUGCUCUUGGCUGAGCCCUAUCACCACGUAGGUAGUCUAGGCCAGCCCAUCUGGGUCACUCUGCCCCUUUUCAUGGCUCAGAGAUACCCCCUCUAAAUAUAGCCCAGGGAAGUGAGCUCAGGCCUAUUUUAAGACCAGGUUGGGAGGCAGCCAGGCCUUUCCCAGGAUCCCAAAGGAGCCACGGCUGCCUUCGUCCAGUUCUGCUACUGGGCACUUUGAUCGGGCCCCUGACUACCUAUCAACUGCCAUGCCUGAGGAGACCCAGGAAGACACUGUGUUGCCAGCGCAGAACCAGAGGAGCAGGGGAACACUGGCCCCUAACCACGUGCAGGAGGUGCGUUUGCAUAGAGUGGAGUCCAUCAGUGACCUACACAGUGGAGGUUCACUACAACCCUACCUGGCUGAAGAGGCACAGACGUGGGAAGAGCUUCUGGGCGUUUUACCAUCAUCUCUGUGCACUCAAGCUGGUUGCAGCCCCACGUGUGGCCGUGGGGGCUUCCCACUGCUGUUGGCACUGCUGGUAUUCACCUGCCUGGCACUAGCCAUCCUGGCUGUCUACCUAAGUGUGCUGCAGAGUGAAUCCCUGAGGGUCCUGGCACACACCCUUCGCACUCAAGAGGAAACUCUGCUCAAACUGCGCCUGGCUAGCCUCAGCCAGCUCAGGAGGCUCAACUCCAGCGAAGCUCGGGCUCCCAGCUGAAAUGCCAUUUGUAUGUGAGCCGUGCGGGGGUGAUAAAGGGACCUUUGGCAGGUCUGUUCUCCCGAUGGCUACGUCUACACUACUUCCUUGGUGAGAUUUUUGUACAAGAGCCUGACGUAACUCAACAGCCGCCUGUCUCUCUUGAACUCUUCGGGCUAGACUUGAGCCCUCCAGUGCCAAGGCCCUGCUUUGGCUAGCCAAAGGUCAGAGGAUGGGGCCCCAGCCUCCUCCUGGCUCCUCCUAUGGCCUGUCAGCACCCUCUGGCUGCCCCCAGAUAGGAGAUUCAGAAGUCUAGAAAUAGCUGUCCCUGCUCAGCCACCCACUCUGCCAGGCCUCCUCGUGGGGGGUCCAGUCUCGGCGCUCAGACAGGCUAUGCCGAGCUGGGGGUGGGGAACUGCCUUGGAGGACAAAGGUGAACCAGAGAGCUGGCGGGGCCAAGCCUAGGGUAGUAGACGAGGGCGAAGGCAGCAAAGACUCAGGAUAAAGGCCUCGGGGAAGAAGUACUGUUUAAUUCUCGUUUUUAAAAACCAGCACACACAUCCGGUCUAGGCACUUUGCCUACCUUAUGCCAUGGUGGACAGGUGCCAGACCCCCAAAGGAAGUGGCCCCAGGGGCAAGGUCUAAAAAAGGAAAGGGACAGUCAUUUCUCACCUGCCCCUCAGCUCUGGGGCUGGUGCACAUUUGAUUUUACCUGAGACAGGGCAGGGUGAGGCCACAGCCACAGGGCUGAGUGCAGAUACAAAGGGCCAGUCUUAAGUGUCCUGAUCCCAGCCCCUCCCACAUUUGUCUAUUUUUGGUUUCAUCAUUUAAAAAAAAAAAAUAAAGUGACAAUCACUGGCGGA